UUGGAAAUAGUUGUUUUGCGGGAAUGUUGCUCUGGGUCAUGUGAUGUGGGAUAGCCAAUCAGUGAUCGGCAAACGGUGAACCGCAGCGAGCGGACUGUGAAGGAAGUUGGUGCUGGACUGGGAAGCGAGUCCCGGAGAACCGGAGCCAUGACCCGUGGAAACCAGCGUGAACUUGCCCGAGCAAAGAACAUGAAAAAAACCCAAGACAAGGGGAAAAAGCAAGAUGACGGAUUGUCAGCAGCUGCACGAAAGGAGAGAGAUGCUCAGAUAAUGCAAGAGAAGCAGAAAAAGGCAUCCGAGAAAAAAGACGAGCCAAAAUAGCAUUGGAGAAUUGCAUGUGGUGGAUGAAAACGACGAGACGAUACAUAGCCCAAUCCCUGAACAAGAACAUUUGGCCAACGGCUUUGUUUGCCCCAAUGCAGAGUUUUUUCCACUGUGCAUCAUUUCCAGCCUUUUCCUUCUGUCAUAAAUUAGUAGCAUAGAUGCUGCCUUGUGUACAUAUAUUAUAUAUAUAUAUACCACUUUAUCCCAACCUUGCACAAAGUUCUGCCCAUAAUUUUUUUAAUCUCCUGGCUUUCUCUGCAUGCUGAUCUAGCAUUGGUUAAGUAAGCUCUAGAAAAUGUGUUCUGAUGGAAAUCAAAGAUGAACAAGCACUUCACCAUGAUUUGAAGUAAAUUGUCAUUUUGUAUUCACAGUGGACCCAGUCAAAUAUUUAAUAAAGUGACUUCUUUUCCGUG